GACGUACCACCCAGGUAACUGGUUCCUGUGUUGAAACUGUUACUCGGAACUGAGCAGAAACCGCCGUUUGCUUUGAACAAGCCCGGAGGCGUAACGGAUUUCUGUCGGUAGCUUUUAAGGAAGGAGAUGUAACUUUUAUAAACUUUAGGUUCUGUUGUGACACCACAGGAGGAGGAUUACAUGUAGGGUUUCUACGAUUUAGUAAAAUAAGCAGCUUCAAACUACUUGGAGUUUUUUUAACGUGUUUUGUCGACGAAACGCCUCAAAAUGGCGACAAAGUUACUGUUUUCUCUCAUUUUUGGGUGCGUAACAGGUUUGUUGGGCUCUUCGGCCCAGGAAUGUGGGCGUCCGCCGAUGAAGGAGGACAGGAUUGUUGGAGGGCAGGACGCCUCAGAUGGGGCUUGGCCGUGGCAGGUUGAUAUUCAGAACUCUAAUGAGCAUAUCUGUGGAGGCUCUCUCAUUACGACGGACUGGGUCCUAUCAGCUGCGCAUUGCUUCCCCAAUCCAUCCGAUUUGAACACUUACAUCAUAUACAUCGGACGGUACCAGCUGGGUGGGUUGAACCCGCAACAGUCGACGCAUCGCCUGCGCCGCAUAGUGAUUCCACCUGAUUACCAAGACCCCAAUGAGGGCAAAGAUAUCGCUCUGCUGCAGCUGUCCAACCCUGUGAAAUGGUCUGACUACAUCCAUCCGGUGUGUUUGCCCACGCCGGGCACGUUGUUCCCCGCUGGCAUGAACUGCUACGUCACCGGCUGGGGAAACAUCCGCGAAGACGUCCCUCUGCCAGGAAUUGGGACUCUGCAGGAAGUGCAAGUGCCAAUCAUCUCUCAGAGCUCCUGUCAGGAGAUGUACAACACAUCUCCUGACCCGUCGGAGCAGGUGAACAUUCUGGAUGACAUGAUCUGUGCAGGAUACCAGGAGGGCGGCAAAGAUUCCUGCCAGGGGGAUUCAGGAGGGCCCCUGGUCUGCCAGAUGGUGAAUGGGACCUGGGUGCAAGCUGGGGUGGUGAGUUUUGGACUGGGCUGCGCUAAACAAAACAAGCCAGGCGUGUACACCAGGCUGACCAGCUACACGGACUUCAUCCAGUCCACAAUACCAGAGGUCCAACUGUUCGGAGGAGCUGGUCGGUGCUUGGCUCCUGCUUUGUUGGUUAGCUGCCUGUGCACUCUCCUGAUGCUGAUGCUAACUUAAGAGAUAAAAAGUAUCAAACUGUCUUUAUUGGAGGGGAGCAUAAAAGUCUUAUGAAGGAAUUAAAUUGUCUUGAAUAGCCUUAAUCAAAUCUGUAUCCCAAAUGCACAUAAAGCCAUACGGAACUUUACCAGAUAUUUUUUUUAAAUGAAUGAAAAUAUUUUUAGAUUUGAUUAAAAGUAAAAUUGACGUCAGAAUUAUGAAAAAUAAAUAAAAGCUUGAUUAAGAUCUUGUUUUACUGUUUACCUCUGACUCAUCGGUUGACGUCACAGCUUUCUGAAAAUUGCCUGUGGCAUCGGAACCAGCUGUAGUCAAAGCUUGUAAAGUGGGAAAUAAGGAGGUUUUUUUUAAUGGAAAAUAAAGUCCAGUUUCAUUCCUAAUCUCACAUGUAGCACCCAAAGCAGCAGAAAGGUGGUACCAAAAUGUUUUUAUUACAGAAUGCAGCACGAUUUAAGAAAUGUUUUCU